AUGCAAGCCAUAUCUAGGAAUGACCCCCACAGAGGAGAUCAUCACUCCUCUAGAAGAUCCAACCCCGGCCUAAAAGGGGAGCAGGUUUUAGGAAGAAGAGUGGCUAACUCGAGGCACAACUCGAUCGAGUCAAGACAAGCUCGAUCGAGUGAGGCAACCCAGUCGAGUGGAGUGCUCCUGAUGGCCGUCUACCAUCUCCAGACCACGACCUUGCCUCCCAGUUCUUUGGGGGGCACUGAGGCUAAGUUUGGGGGUGCCAACUCGAGCUCGAUCGAGUUGGGUGUAAAAACCAGAAAAGUGGUCUUUUGGAGCAUUCUGGAGCAUAUGGGACGAGGAGCAUGGAGGGACUUGGCACAUGGAAGCAGCUCAACUGGAUACGCAAAGGAAGAAGGGAGAAGCCAUCUUGAAGACCAGCUCGACCGUCUACUCGACCAACCGGUCGAGUUCCUCAACUCGACCGGCCAAGCUUCAACUCGAUCGAGCUGA